UCCCAGUUUCUGGUUUUUGUACUACAUAGAAGUUAGAACAUUGUUUGGUUUGGCAGACCGACCGGCAAGGUGUGGCUCAACUCUGCGCUUCUAUAAAUUCAAACCAUAGCCUCACGCACCACCGCUCUAAGUUUUUCUCUCCGAUUUCUACCCUCUACUCAAUUCUCUCGCCCCCUACGAAACCCUAAUCACCCCUAUCUGAACCCCAAUUGUGUUCCUCUUGGCCCUUCGCAUGGCCGGACCGCUGCUACGGGAGCAAGUGCUCCCUCUCCUCGCCGCCGCCAACAACCACGGCGAUUUGGAUGUCAAGCUCUCGUCUUUGCGGCAGGUUAAGGAUGUGUUGCUGUCUGCUGACGCGUCGCAGGCCGCCGAGAUUUUCCCCUAUUUGAUUGACCUUCAGUCCUCGCCCGAAACCAUGCUGCGGAAAUACCUAAUUCAGGUGAUUGAGGAUAUUGCAGCAAAAUCAAUGGAGCAUGCUUUGAUGUUAAUGCCUGUGUUAUUAGCAUCUUUGAGAGAUAAUAGUUCAUUGGUUGUGAAGCAAUCCAUUGUUUCUGGAACAAGCAUCUUCUAUGGAGUGGUGGAAGAAUUAUCAAUGCAGUUUCACCGGCGUGGUUUAAUCGAGAGGUGGCUUGAAGAGUUUUGGACAUGGAUGAUCAAGUUCAAGGAUGCCAUCUUUGGAAUUCUGUUUGAGGCUGGCCCUGUUGGUGUAAGAUUGCUGGCAAUAAAAUUUUUGGAAAUAUACGUUUUACUUUUCACACCAGAUGCAACUGAUUCUGAGAGAUAUACAUCGGAAGCUCCGACAAAAUUUAGGCGGGCCUUCAAUAUUUCUUGGAUAAUUGGCCAUCAUCCUAUUAUGGAUCCAGCUGCACUGAUAUCUGAUGCAAAUAGAACCAUUGGCAUUCUAUUGGAGCUUUUGCGCUCUGCAAGUUCAGUUCCUGGUUCACUGACGAUCUCUGUUGUUAAUAGCCUUGCUACUAUUGCAAAGAAGAGACCUGCUCACUACAACUUCAUUCUUUCGGCAUUGCUUGAUUUUGAUCCCAACUUUGAGAUGACAAAAGGAGGUCAUACUGCCAGCAUUCAGUAUUCUCUGAGGACAGCAUUUUUAGGAUUUUUGAGAUGUACUCAUCCUGCUAUUCUAGAGUCAAGAGAGAAACUGCAAAAGGCAUUGCGAGCAAUGAAUGCUGGGGAUGCAGCUGAUCAAGUUCUCCGUCAACUGGAUAAAAUGAUGAGAAACAAUGAGCGUGCUUCACGUGAGGCUCGAAUGAACAAGGAUGACCAGCCAUCAAAUCAUUUGCCUGUUUCUGGGGAUGCAACAAAGAAAAGGGCCACUCCUUCAGAUAAUGAAGAUUCAAGUAUUAAUCAUGAUUUGUCUGCAAAGAGGGUUCGAUAUGUGCCCAACAAUCAUGUAGUUCCACCUGUUGAAAGAAAUGAUUCUGGAAAGGAUUAUGUCAAUGGAGUGCCCCAAAAAGCUCCUGUAGCUGUUAAUGCCCCUAACCUUGUUGAACAAAUGAUCUCCAUGAUAGGUGCUUUAAUAUCAGAAGGAGAAAGAGGUGUUGAAUCUCUGGAAAUUCUAAUAGCUAAAAUUCCACCAGAUGUGAUGGCUGAUAUAGUCAUAACAAAUAUGAGGCACUUACCUAGAAACCCCCCUUCAUUCACUAAGUUUGAUACCCUGCCAUUAACUCAGCAAAGUGAUUUUUCAAGUGCUCCAUUGAAUGGUGUGGUACCAAUAGGUUCCUCAGUUUCCAAACAGACUGUAGCUCUCUCUUCUCAAUUACCUGUUUCUGUUUCAAAUGCUGUGAACUCAUCUAUAUCAGAAAUGUCGACUUCACUACCUCCUGAUUCUAAACGUGAUCCUCGAAGGGAUCCUCGUCGCCUUGACCCAAGGCGUGUCACUGUUGGAAUUGGAGUGCCACCACCACCCAUCAUUGAAGAUAAUAUCAAUCCAAUGCAACCUGUGGUGCAAUCUGAAGUUGAUUCUUCUAAUACCUUUAACAGACCCCUUAUGGUACCCAUCCUUCCAACUUCAGAAAAUAUGCCUGUGUCUCAGAAUCCCAAAAUUGAAGCUGACAACACUUUGGAGAGUUUAGAUUCUGCCUUGGCUGACUGGUCAGCUCCAAAAGAAGAAAUUCAGGUUGAAGAAGCUGAGAGAAGUGUUCCUGACACUGAAGAGAAUGCUAUUGCGGACAUAACAUUCUCUUCUGCUGGCAAAUUGGAACAGGACUCGAUGGCACAAAUGCCAUCUAAUGUUUUAAUGAUAGAUGAGGUAUACUCACCGUCUUCAGUAGAAACUGAUCAACGUUCUCCACCCAUUUCAAACACAAUUGCUUCUGAGGAUGUGUGUGAUUAUUUGCCUUCGGUUCCGCCAUACAUUGAGCUGACAGAAGAGCAGCAAAGAAGUGUUGAAACUUUGGCAAUUGAACAAAUAAUUGACUCAUACAAGAGGUUAAAGGGGGCAGAUAACAAACAAACAGGCAUGGCAAUGCUUUCUUGCUUGAUUGCCCAGAUUAAUGCUGGUGCUGAUGUAGCUGUGAUGGUUCAAAAGCAUAUUCUCUCAGACUAUCAACAACAAAAGGGGCAUGAGGUCGUAAUGCAUGUCCUUUACCAUUUGCGCACCCUCAUGUUAUCAGAUUCAGAUGAACGCUCUUCAUCUGCUGCUUCUCUGUAUGAUCAGGUUCUUCUGGGAGUGGCAAAAUUCUUAUUAGAUACUUUUCCAGCAACUGACAAGUCAUUUAGCCGACUUCUCAGUGAAGUUCCUUAUUUGCCUGAAUCUGCGAUGCGGCUACUAGUUGAUUUAUGCUCUGAAAAUUAUUCGGGAAAAGAUGGUCGUGAUGGUGACCGUGUCACACAGGGUCUUGGUGCUGUGUGGGGCUUGAUUUUGGGACGGCCACCCAAUCGCCAAGCCUGCUUGGAUAUUGCUUUGAAGUGUGCUGUUCACUCAAAGGAAGACGUUCGAGCUAAAGCUAUCCGCCUGGUGACAAACAAACUCUAUGUGCUGAGCCACACCUCGGAAAAUAUCGAACAGUUUGCAAUGAAUACAUUCUUGUCUGCUGUAGAUAACCGUGUUUCAGGUCCAGAAGAUUCAAUAUCUGGAGCCACCAAUCAGAGAAAAGAGGUGGAGGUUGGAAGCCAAGAGACCUCUGUUAGUGGCUCUCAGAGUUCAGACACAGGAAUUUCUGAAAAUGAUUCAUUGAGGGGUUCUCAGUUUGAUUCUCAAAGUGAUUCUGCGUUGUCUUCUGCUCAGGCACAACGUCUAGUUUCAUUAUUUUUUGCUUUAUGCACCAAGAAGCCCAGUCUUCUUCAACAUGUAUUUGAUAAUUAUGGAAGGGCUCCCAAGGCUGUUAAGCAGGCCAUUCAUCGCCACAUGCCUAUUCUUAUUAGAGCAAUAGGUUCUUCAAAUCCUGAACUGCUUCAUAUAAUAUCUGAUCCACCCCAAGGAUGCGAAAAUCUGCUGACACUGGUGAUUACUAUUUUGUCAGAAGGGACAACACCUCCACCUGAUCUGAUUGCAGUUGUUAAGCGUCUAUAUGAAACUAAACUAAAGGAUGCAAGUAUUCUUAUCCCAAUGCUCUCAUCCUUUUCUAAAAGCGAGGUUUUACCUAUUUUUCCUCGCCUCGUCUCUCUUCCUCUGGACAAGUUUCAGAUUGCAAUGGCUCGCAUAUUGCAGGGUUCUGCUCAUACAGGUCCAGCAUUAAGUCCAGCUGAGGUUUUGGUUGCCAUCCAUGACAUUAAUCCUGAGAGAGAUGGAUUGCCACUAAAGAAGAUCACAGAUGCUUGCUCAGCUUGCUUUGAGCAACGGACUGUUUUCACACAACAAGUUCUGGCAAAGGCCUUGAACCAGAUGGUUGAUCAAACUCCCCUUCCACUGCUCUUCAUGAGAACUGUGAUUCAGGCAAUUGAUGCUUUUCCUACGCUGGUUGAUUUUGUCAUGGAGAUACUGUCCAAACUUGUAAACAGACAGGUGUGGAAAAUGCCAAAAUUAUGGGUUGGGUUCUUGAAAUGUGUCUCACAAACACAGCCACACUCAUUCCCUGUAUUGUUACAGUUGCCUCCCCCACAACUCGAAGGUGCUUUGAACAAAUAUGCUGGCCUCCGAGGUCCAUUGGCUGCCUUUGCUAGUCAACCAAACAUUAAAAAUUCACUCCCCAGACCAACAUUGGCGGUACUUGGCCUGCUCGAGUCGAAUUUGCAGCAACCGCAUAUUUCGCCUUCUUUGCAUCCAUCUGAAGCAAGUCCAUCUGUUCAUGGUGCAACCCUAACAUGAUAGCUCUCCGGAAAUCGAAACAUGUGAGCACUUGUACACACUGGCGCAUCCAGGUCCUCUAGUUCUCCGCACAAAUCUGCAGGCUCAUAUUCCAGUAGAUGCCGGAGUACUUAUAUUUGUCUCGCGUUCAUGACUCUCGGGGGGUGAGUGUAGUUUGAGUCGCAGAUGUUGGUGAUGAGUUAGCGAGCAAAUUUUGGAGGAGAAUCCUCCUUGCCUUUCUUGUACUAAUCAGGGAAUGUAUAUAUAUUUGCAGUUGUUGAUUUGAAAACCAAUUUUCCUUCUAUCUACACAGUUAAUUUUGUAUGGCUGAGUUUGUUGUAAUUGAGGCCUGUUGGCUAUUUGGGUUUUAGUUGAAUCUCAUCUCCCUCGUUACCAUAAAGAAUUUGGAAAAGUGUUAACA